AUGGGAAAUGCAUUUAUGUCAUGUUUGGAGGAAUUAUCUAAAAGCAAAUAUAAAUGGGAAUAUGUUUUUACCCUUCAAAAUGAUGAUAUACAGAUAAAAACAAAUGAGGAAAUUAUCCGAAUAUUAAAAUGGUUGGGUGGGGCUAACGAUGUUGAAUAUGGUCUAGAUAAAAAGGAGCUUAUUCAAAAGCUUUAUAAAAAAUUUAAUUGGACUUUUAAAGAUUUAAAAUUAUAUAGAGAUGAAAAGCUAAAUAAUCAAGUUGAUACAAAAGGAAAACCUUUAUCUAUAAAAAUAACUAAAGGAUAUCUACAAGCUAGUUUGGCACGCGAUUUUGUUGAUUUUAUUGUACAGAAACUUGAUUUAACUCAAUUGCUUCAUCAUUUAAAUAACUGCGGGGAAUAUGGUUGUGAUGAAUUUUUUUUUCAAACAUUAAUUGCAACAGAUGAGUUAAGAGCACCCAAUUCUUUUACACAUAAAUGCGUUGAUAAUCAUAUUUUUACACCAUAUGUUAAUAGAUUUUCUAUUUGGGAUGAUGAAAACCGGACAUGCCAUAGCGGAUAUAUGCGUCAUAAUAUUUGCAUUUUUGGCCUGGAGGAUAUAGUAAUUUAA